GCAGCAGCAGCAGCAGCAGCAGCAGCAGCAGCAGCAGCAGCAGCAGCAGCAGCAGCAGCAGCAGCAGCAGCAGCAGCAGCAGCACAAGCAGCAGCAGCAGCACAAGCAGCAGCAGCAGCACAAGCAGCAGCAGCAGCACAAGCAGCAGCAGCAAUAUUUGAAGCAGACUUCUCAAAAUGAAAUGCUGCUGUCGGCGGCAGCGCCGGCGGCUGCGCAGUCCACUCUGCAGCAGCAGCAGCAGCAGCAGCAGCAGCAGCAGCAGCAGCAGCAGCAGCAGCGGCAGCAGCAGCAGCAAACUGGCAAAGAAGGGAAUGAAUAA